AGAGCCCAAGAGCAAUAAAACAUUUCCAACAGUCAGCUUGCUUUCUCCUAUCCUUGAGAGUUCUGAGAUCUGAAUCUAAAACGAAAUACACUAAAAAUGCAGGAUCCGCCAAGUAUCAAGCCAGAAGAACUUGAUCCUUCCAAUGCAUCCUCCACCACCCAAACGCCGCCCACAUUCCCCAACCCCUCCACUUUCCGAGCUUCUUCCCACAGGCGAGCCCACUCUGAGGUUCAGUUCCGGAUCCCUGAUGACCUCGAUCUCGUAUCCGAUCCGUUCGAAGGAAUCGGAUCCGAAGAAGACUUGUUUUGUAGCUACAUGGACAUUGAGAAGCUUGGGGGAGGAUCAAAGGGAGUCGACGAUGGAGGGGGUGCUGCUGGAUCUUCCAGUGCCGGAUCGGGUCAUAAUCCUAAGGGAGAUGAAAUGAGUGGCGAGUCGGGGAUGGGGGAGAAGAGUAAUGAAGGAGGGAAAGGAAGGCAUAGGUAUAGUAAUUCAGUUGAUGGGUGUUCGCUAAUGGAGUCGAUUGAAGCUAAGAAAGCUAUGGCUCCUGAUAAGCUUGAUGAAUUGUGGACUGUUGACCCUAAGAGAGCUAAAAGGAUCAUUGCAAAUCGGCAGUCAGCUGCUCGCUCUAAAGAGAGAAAAGCCCGAUAUAUAUCUGAACUGGAGAGAAAAGUCCAAACACUGCAAACAGAAGCGACUACUCUUUCUGCACAACUAACCCUUUUCCAGAGAGAUACAACAGGCUUGACUACUGAGAACACUGAGCUUAAGCUUCGGCUACAAGCAAUGGAACAGCAGGCUCAGCUACGGGAUGCUCUAAAUGAAGCACUGAAGAAGGAAGUAGAGAGGCUCAAGAUGGCUACCGGAGAAAUGUUAACACCCACAGAUAAUUUUAAUUUGGGAAUGCACCAUAUGCCAUUCAGCCAACCUUCUUUCUUUCCUCCCCAGCCGCGGCUAGUUGAAAGCCAGAAUAUGCAAAUGCCACCAUUUCAUCCCUUGCAAUCUAACAUGUUGACACCUAAUCAGUCUGUGGUAGCUGCCUCCAACUCACUUGCCUUUGCUGAUAUGAUGCAACAGGAUCCUCUUGGCCAACUGCAGGGGCUUGAUAUCAGUAGCCGAGAUACGCACUUAGCGAAAGCUGAAGGCCCUUCAAUAUCUGCUGGUGAAAGUAGUGGAACAUUAUGAUACAGAUUUUGCUGAUCUACACACCUUGCCCUGUCCUAUUUGUUGGGUUGUUCAUAGACUGACCUUAUUGACGUCGAAAGGUACUAUUCGUUUGAAUUUAGAAGUUUUAAUGUGAUUGGGAUUUUAGUUCUCUGUAGCUUUGCUAGUUCUUCAGUAUUCAAGAUUCUUGUGACAUUCAACUCAUUUUUUGGAGCAAUGAUGUGGGAAUAGAAGUAUGAUACUAGGAGUAGAUUAAUGGAGCAUCUCAAACCAGCUGCUGCCAUUUCUUUUGUCUUUCAAGUAUUGUUGAAACUUUAAAGUUGUAUUUCCGGUGAAUUUCUUCAAAAAUUGUUUUUGUUUCA